UUUAUACAUUUCUCCCAUUUUUAUACUCCACCUCAUUGAGGCGCAGUAAAAUAUGACAUGCCGCGCUAUAUCGUAGCUAGCUUACGCGGGCAGUUACUUUAAUAUUGACCGGAGUCCGCGAUAUCCGGAGAUCGUUUUCCGAUUCGCAUACGAGAUUUGGAGGGUUUUAUUCCGGGUGUCCAAAUGGAAGGCGGGGAUUCAGGAGGAGACGCGGUUAAGCCACCGAUGGACAGUCAGCAGGCUCCCCCGUACAGCACGGAGGUGGGUCCGCCCGCGCCAGCACCAGCCGGCUAUCCACAGGCCGGCGCGGGUGGGUAUCCACCGCAGCAGGGUGGCUAUCCACAGCAGGGCUAUCCACCACCACAGCAGGGUUAUCCACCACCAUCGGGGCAACCCGGGUACCCACCUCAGCAGCAGCAAGGCUACCCGCCCCAGCAGCAGGGCUACCCACCCCAGCAGCAACAGCCUCCGACCGUGGUGGCGAUCCAGCAGCCGGCACCGGCCACGCAGGUGGUGGUCACCGGGGGCUGCCCCACCUGCCACGUGGGGAUGAUGACGGACAGCUACACCGCCUGUGGAAUCAUCCUAGCCAUCUGCUUUUUCCCCUUGGGCGUCAUCUGCUGCCUCAUGAUGAAGGAGAGGAAAUGCACCAACUGCGGAGCUACGUUCGGCUAGAGACGUCGGGGAACCGCGCAGGCUGACACACACUUCUUUGGACAUUUCUCAAACCUCGGCUUCAGUCGGGGCUGAAAUCAUAAUUUACUCUGCGUGUGGGGGAUUAAUGUUUCAAUCGAACUGAUGUUUCAAUCGAACGAAAAGAAAGACUUCAGCAUUUGGUGUGGUAUCAGCAGAUUUGUUGUUUCUGUGGGAAAAAAAUUGAGCCUUGGACCUUCGGCAAUUGUAAGAAUAAUUAUAUUCUAUGACAGAUGGAAUGUUCCAUUCGCCUCAACAUUCCAUCUGUCAACUAAUACAAUUAUUCUUACCAUUGCACUCACAAACACUCAUUAUUUGUAUACGAGCUACUGAACACGUAAUAGGUAUUCUUUCGCUUUUUUGUAAGUGUUUGACAAGACAAUACUUUCUUAAGUACUGCUCUUAUUGCUGAACUUGUUUUAUGUUUAUUUUUGAAAAUCUUUGUUAUAGUUGGCCCAGUUUCUAGGAUCAAAAGAUAAUUCGAAAAACCUGAACAAGCCAACGCUUGUGCACAUUACGGCACUUAUAAUUACAUGUAGUAAUAUAACCGAAAUAUACACCAUUAGGUAGACAUUCCUAUAGACUUGUGCACAACAUUUUUGUCGACUUUCCUGACCCCUAACUCCAAUUUUACCUUAUCCUACACAGACGAAUUUUUAUAUUUUUACUAAUUGGACGACGAGCAAUCGAUUUGCCCACUUGCGACGGUGACAUUUUGCCGCUGAAUAGCAGCUGAGGUUUUAGGGAGACAUUGAAAUAUCUCCCUAAUUUCACGUCUGCCAAAGGUAUACAUAACGUUGACGCCAAAGCGUCUCCCAAAUGAUAUGCUUUACGAUAUACUUAUUAUUCUGCCACUAUGAAAUUAGCUUCGGUGUCCAUGACAAUAAAUGGACAUUACCAUGCACUCAGUGUGUGUUUAAGAGAAUGGGUUUAUUUGCACAGUUCAGUAAUUAGCAAUUAAAAGAGAGCUUAGAAUUUAUACAGUUUCAAAAACAAAACAUUGCUUAAGGUGGUUUGGCUGAAUGGUUUAUACUGAACAUAAUCUUUGUAAAAUAAAAAAAACCCUGUAAAAACACAGUAAUUAGGCUGGAAAUUACAUUAAUUAUUAAUGAAGUCGAAAACGUUAAAUAAAUAUGUAAGAAAUUAGCUUUUAUUGUUACGUUGGAUAUUCAAAAUAAGGUAGGAUUAUUCAACGUUAUAUAGAAAUAAAUUUCAACAAAAGUAUAUGUAAAUUUGUGGCUUUGAGAUUGAUUCUAAUUAAUGGAGUAACUUGAUGAUGAGCCUAACACACAUUUCUUCAGUUACUUGUGGACUAAAUUGUCGACAUCAACAAUAUUUUGAUUGUGGUGUUGUUGCUCUAUUGUCCACUAAGUGUGGAUGUACAUCGUGUUAUCAAGUAUUAGCUGUGAAGAUUUUUUUCAAUAUCUAUACUUAUAUUGUAGAGAUGUAGUGGGAUGUGAAGUACGUAAAACAUAUGCCAAAAUUAUGAUGUAUAAUGAAUGAAAUCAAUGAAUAAAAUCUGCUGAGAUUAACUCCA